GACCUGUUCGUCCUUCCGGUUGCAGCCAUAGCCGAAACAUAGAGCAAGAACACAGAGACUGCAGGCAGAAAUGGCGAGUUCAGAACCCGACAAUAAGCGCCACAAGCGCCUUUAUAACAUCUUCACAGCGCCCGAUGGAAAAGAAUGCGAAAAGAAGGUUUUGUGGGGCACUACAUACGGUGCUAUUUCAGGUUCCAUCCUAGCUUCCUAUGACAUCAUGGGCUACAGUGGAGCGAGUACUCUUGCAAAUGGUCUUGGAAGAUGGGCUUUUCAUUUAUUUCCAAUGGCUGCUGUCGGAGGAACCUACACAGCUGUUUCGUGCAUCUCGGGAAAGAUGCGAGGCAAGGAUGACCCGUUUAACCAUAUCCUAGGAGGCUUGGCUGCAGGAAGCAUCUAUGGAGUCAAGUUCCAGAGCCAGAAGGUGGGAUGGGGUGUUGGUAUCUUAUUUGCAGUCAUCGGUUUGACUGCCAAGACUGUCUACAUGUACAACUUCUCUAUACUACCACAGAAGGAACGCAGACAGAAAGGAUUCUACGACUACAGGAAAUCUUACUUAACGGAAAGACCAAACCCCGAGGGCAAGAUUGACUGUUGAUGUAAAAGUGUGUUAGUUGCCAGUUUACUUUGUGUGGAGGAUGUGUAUACAGAGGCCAUUGUA